CCGCCACGCUGCUCCACUGAGCUGCUGCACGGACCACAGGUCCAGAGUACCUUCUGUAGACAUGAGGCUCUUCCUGUCGCUGCCCGUCCUGGGACUCAUCCUGUUCAUGGCUUUGGAAGGCCCGGCCCCAGCACAGGCCACCCCAGACUUCACCAGCACCUUGGAGGGCCUCCCGGCCAAGCUGAAGGAGUUCGGGAGCACCCUGGAGGACAAGGCCCGGGCAGCCAUCGAGCACAUAAAGCAGAGUGACCUUCCCGCCAAGACCCG